CAUAACAGCUUGCACCUCAAAGCUUGUCGAAGUUAGAAAUAGAAAUUAAGCCAUGGCUCUCCACUCCUCUCUUUCAUUUUUAGCUGCUCUUGUCCCAGCCCACCGCUCCCCUUUUUUGUAUCUGCAGAAAAUCACCGCAAAUGUUCAGAAAUGUAGGCCUAUUAGCUGCAUUUCUGGUAGUGUAAAUUCUACUGUGGAUCCUAAAACCAUCCGGCGCUCCGCAAAUUACCCCUUAAGCGCUUGGGACUAUGAUCAUCUCAUGCACUCACUUCCUACCGAUUACUCUGAGGAAAAAUAUACGAGUCAGGUCACGAAACUGAAGGAGGGAGUGAAGAAGAGUGUGAAUGAUAGAGAGAUGAAAUGGUUGAGUAAGCUGGAGCUUAUUGAUACAGUGCAAAGGUUAGGGUUGAAGCAUGAGUUUGAGAAGGAGAUAAAGAAUGCUAUACACAGUUUAUACGCAAAUGCUAGCGAUGGAUUGCUAGAUGAUGACAUCCAUAAUGAUCUUUAUGCAGUUUCUCUCCAAUUUAGGUUAUUUAGACAACAUGGACUUGAUGUCCCCAAAGAUGUGUUUGAGAGGUUCAAAGACGAGAGUGGUGAAUUCAAGGCAUCAAUUUGCAACGAUGUGAAAGGGCUACUGAGUAUGUACGAGGCUUCAUUCUUAGGGUUUGAAGAUGAAGAAAUUAUAGAUGAAGCCAAGUGGUUCAGUACUACACAUUUGACGGAGCUCAGAGGAUCCAUUGCGCAAGAAAGCUUAGCAAAAAUGGUGGAACAUGCCUUAGAUAUGCCUCUCCAUUGGAGGCUCACAAGGGUGGAAGCUAGUUGGUUCAUUCCUGCUUAUGAGCUUCAACACAAUUUCAACCCUAAUUUACUUCAGCUUGCUAAAUUGGUUUAUAACAUGGUCCAAGCUGUUCACCAGAAGGAGGUUAAAGAUUUGGCAAGGUGGUGGGUGGAUUUGGGAUUAAACCAGAUGACAUUUGCAAGAGACAGGCUAGUGGAGCACUAUUUUUGGUGUUGUGGUAUGGCUUUUGAGCCAGAAUUUGGAAGCUUCAGAGAAAUGGGCACCAAAGUUAUCUGUUUAAUAACAACUAUCGAUGACGUUUAUGAUGUUUAUGGUUCGCUCGAAGAAUUGGAACUCUUCACAGAUUUUGUUGACAGGUGGGAUGUGACUCAAAUUGACAAGCUACCUGACCCCAUCAGAACAAUCUUUCUAGCCAUGUUUAAUACGACCAAUGAAAUUGGCUAUACGGUUAUAAGAGAAAAAGGCUUCAAUAUCGUUCCAUACCUUAGUAAAACCUGGGCAGACCUGUGCAAGGCAUACCUAAAAGAAGCAAAGUGGUAUCAUAAGGGAUAUAAGCCAACAUUAGAAGAGUAUCUCAACAAUGCAGUUGUUUCCAUAGCAGCACCACUUAUGUUAUUCUGUUCCUACUUCCUUACGACCGAUAAAAUUACCAUCGAUGCAUUACACUACAUUGACAACCUUCCGACCAUUAUGCGUUGCUCGUCUAUGGUACUUCGCCUCACCAACGAUCUGGGCACAUCAUCGGAUGAACUAGCAAGAGGAGAUAACCUAAAGUCGGUCCAAAUCUAUAUGAACGAAGCCGGAGUUUCAGAGGAGGUUGCUCGUGAACACGUCGAUAAUUUAGUACACGAGACAUGGAAGAUUAUGAACGCGGAAAUGUUGAGUAGCUAUCCUUUCGGCGAAGCCUUCUUGCAUGCCAAUCCAAAUCUGGGACGGACAGCUCAGUUCUUUUACCAUUAUGGCGAUGGACAUGGUGUUCCUGGCAAUGAAACUAAGCAAACUCUGUUGCCCUUACUCUUGCACCCGUUCCAGUAACGCAUGACGGACCGAUUCAAGUCGUCUUCUUUUUUUGGUUUGGAUUUAAAGUUUGAACUUUAUGAAUUUUACUAUGGGUUUUUUUAUUACUAGUAUUUGUGUUGUGUUUUUAUUUUAUGGAAGGAUUUGAAAUAUUUUUUGCAUGUAAAACUUAUGUAUGUUCACUCGCACAAGAAUGUGGGCUUGCUUGAAUAUGUAAGAAUUUGAUGUUAAAUGUGUUCAGUUAAUCUUACACUGUGGGAACUUGAUUGUCA